CCGUCGCGGAUGCCACAAAAUGUACAUAAUGAUAUUAUUAUAUUAUUAACAAUCACACCGCUCUUUAUUUCCUGUACAAUUUGUGAUUUAAAAUGUUUUCCCGAUGUAAAAUUUACCAGAUACGUCAGCCGGUUCGUAACGUCCGCCGCCACCGCCACAGCCAUCACCACAUGCGAAUCGUGUCAUGAUAAAUAUUAUUAUUUAUCAUCGCGUCCGUCGUCAAAAAUUUCAAUUUUUUUUCGCGGCCAUCAAGACUUGGUAUAUAUAAAUAUUAUUUAGCCAUUCGUAUUAUGGAAAUAUUCUUGGAGCCCCGAGCAGCCCCUGCGUGGCGGUGGAAAGAAAUGAAGCGCAAACGGCACGAAAUUGACAUGAGUGGUGGCGGGCUGGGCGGGCGGGUGAGCGUCAGUCGCAGGCGGAACGACGGAGGCGCUUGCACGUCGGGUCUCCUUGGAAACGUUAACCGAAGCCAUUUUCGGGCCAAUAACUAUACAUCGGUUUUGUAAUGUUCUGUGGUUAACAGUCUGUAGUGGCGACAACGAGCCAGAGGCCAGACACUAAACACAGUACGGUUCGAACACACCAUCGUUAACUUACUCUGAGCUAGAUGGCGUCGCAGUUUCACUUUAUUAUCAUAAAAUCACGAUUGAUAGACCGAUGUUUACUGUCUACUCUAUGGUUUACUAUCAAUAUUGCAUUUGCCGCCAAAAUAACACAAAGUAAAUACAUAAAUACGACAAUAUGCGUACGUAUCAUCAAAAAUCACAUACGGUAAUUAACAAAAUAAAUGAACAGAUGAUACACAUGUUAAUACUUAAUACGAGUUUCUAUUCACGUCUGAGUGUCUGACACAGCUGUAGCUAACGUAGUUACUACAUACUUUUGACUUCUUCGCGAACGCGGUUUGUGUCCGAUGUCCGGUGACAUGAACUCCGACGACGACGAUCUAAAAGCUUUGGCUCUGUUCUUGGAUGCUGAACUCGAUGGUGUUCCGACGACUACGGAAAAAAUCAUAGAGACUAAAGAGGAUGUAAUAAAAGACAACAUCGACAACGGUAGUCAACUGGCUGAGAGUUAUUCUAAAAAGGCAGCCGGAACAUUUAGUGACUUUUUCAAAUCGAUGAAGUCAAAAAUUGUCGAUUUAGAUGAAGAGGUAGUUAAAUGUGAACCAAAGAAGAAGUCUGUACCCAAAUUACCAAAAUUUGGAUUUGAUCCCUCAGCAGACCCUGUGUUUGGUCUUUGUAUGAUCAAUCCAUUGUUGUCAUCUCAGACAAUUCAAGACAGGAUGAUUGGUAAAGUACCAGUACCCGUUAGCCGAGUUAAAACAUAUCUUAAGUCUGCAGACGAUUCCGAUUGGGUUGUAGCUGGCGUUUUAGUAAACAAAUCUCUUCCAAAGACUUCACAAAAAGGUUCUACUUUUAGCAUAUGGAAAAUAAGUGACUUAAAACCAGGUAUGAAUACUAUUACAUUAUUUUUAUUUGGCCGCUCACAUGCUGACUUAUGGAAAACAGAAGUAGGAUUUGUUGUUGGAGUACUGAAUCCAAAAGAAAUGGAUGGUAAAGACAAGAAGGAUGAAAUAGCAUUAUCCAUAAGUAGUGGUGAUCAAGUAAUGUUGUGGGGCAGAUCCAAAGAUUUCGGGACUUGUAAAGGAACUAAGAAUAAUGGAGACAAGUGUAAUAUGUUUGUAAACAUUAAUAACUGUGAUGUUUGUACAUAUCAUGUAAAAAAUGAAUAUAUCAAGCAUUGUAGUCAAAGAGCAAAUAUUGGAAAUUCUAGACCAACAGCCGCCCACAGCUUACGAGAUAAAGUGUUGGGAAAAAACGAGGUGUUUUAUGGUGGUCAAAGUUUUGUGUCUACUAAAUCUAAUCAUUCACAAUUAAUGAAAGAAGACAAAGUGAAGCUUCAACGAUUGAAUGCUGGCAAACAGCUUGUGUUAGACCCAAUUAAAUCUCUUACCACCGCACCUCGUGCUACUAUUGCUAAUCGUCGAGCUACUGCUAUUAAAGACUCUGUUAAUGAUUUAAAAACCAAUGAAAUGAGUGGGUCAGGAAAAAAAAAUAUUGAUCAUAAAGAAGCUCAAAAAAUGUGUACAUUCAAAGAUAUAUUAGGUAGCUCGUCAAAUCAAAAAAAUUUUGGAUCUAUGCGUCCAAAAUGUGCCAAAGCUAGUGCAUUGAAUUGGAUUAAAUCAAAUGGGACAAUUCAAAAAGAAAAUCCCAAUUUAUUUGAAAAAAGUAAAGGUGGUAAAAAAAGAAAAUUGCCUGAAGACAUUGUUUUAGAUUUAGGGCAAAAAAAGAAAGUUGCUGUCGAAGAAAAAGUUUCACCAAGAUUUUUAGAACUUAUGAAAGCUACUUCUCAGAACCAAGAUCUUAUUGAUACAGCUCAGCAAGAAGCUGAAGACAAAUAUUUUGAUCAAAUGGAUAAAAAGGAAAAAUUGGAAUACAAAAUGAUGAAUACAUACAAGGUGCAAUGUAAAGCUGUACGUUGUCUGGUAUGCAAAUAUACUUGGUUUUCAGCAUCUGAAUGGUGUAAAACUGAAAAACAUACGUUGCGUGUACUUGAUGCUACUAAAAGGUUUUUCAAAUGUAAUGAUUGCAACUCAAGAAUUGCUUGUUUGACAAUGUUCCCUUUGAUUUCGUGCAAAAAUUGUAAUGGUUCCAAAUGGGAACGAGCCCCAAUGAUGGGUCACAAAAAAGUAGAUGAAAUACAUUUAAGUAUUCGUGGAGAUGAACAAACAUUCUUAAGCUCUAUGCAACCAAAACUUAGUAUGGGCUUAAUGGUGGCAGAAGAAGAUUGAUUAGUUAUAAAAUUGGUUCAUAUUGUCCUUGCAAAUGUAUUGCUGAGUUGAGAAGUUACUUCAUAGUUAUUAUUGAGUAAUAAUUAAUAUCAAAUAUAUAUAAUUUUAUGAACCAUAUUCACUAAUAUAUUUUUUAAUAUUUUACGUUUGUAUAGAAUAUAUAUUGUAUACUUGAUCUAAUUGAUAACUUAUUGUUAAGUAGGUACUAGAAUUAUAACAUUAAAAAACUGUAAUUCAUUUUAUAUAAACUAAAGUAGUAUUACUUAGAUGUUAUUGGCAUACUGGUAAUAUUAUUUUAACCUUUGGAACUUUAAAUGUGUAUUCAUUUUAAUGCUAAAUAAAUAUUAAUUUCUGAUCUUCAAUAAAUGUAAUCAGUUAUUAUGACGUUACUAAUUUUUAUCUCUGAUUAUUAGUUUAAGAGUAUCUGAGUAUAAAAUAAUCAAAUUAUUGUAUUAUUCCGAUUAUUAUUAUACAAUAUACAUAAAACUAUUAUUAGUAUGUAAAAUUAUAAUUUGUGAUACCAGACAUAAUAAAAUGCAGAUUUUGAAAAUAACUGAUUGUA